AUGAGACACCGGGACCCCCUGCGGGACAUCGGGACCCUCCCGGGAUCCCUGAGAGACAGCAGGGCCCUCCCGGGGCACCGGGAUCCCCCGCGGGACACGAUGACCCUCCCGGGACUCCUACGAGACACCGGGACCCUCCUGGGACACCGGGAUCCCCCUGCGGGACACGGGGACCUUCCCGGGACGCUGGGAUCCUCCCGGGACUCCUACGAGACAUCGAGGCCCUUCCGGGACACUGGGGCCCUCCUGGGACCCCUGAGAGACACCGGGACCCCUCCGGGACACCGGGAUCCUCCCGGGACUCCUACAAGACACCGGGGCACCGGGACCCUCCCGGGACGCCGGAAUCCCCCUGCGGGACACGGGGACCCUCCCGGGACACCGGGACCUUCCCGGGACUCCUACGAGACACUAGGACACCGGUGCUCUCCCGGGACACCGAGAUCCCCUGCGGGACACGAUGACCCCCCCGGGACUCCUACAAGACACCGGGACCCCCUGAGAGACACCGGGACCCUCCUGGGACCCCGGGAUCCCCCUACACCGGGACCCCCUGCGGGACAUCGGGACCCUCCCGGGAUCCCUGAGAGACACCAGGGCCCUCCCGGGGCACCGGGAUCCCCUGCGGGACACGAUGACCCUUCCGGGCCCUCCGGGACACCGGGAUCCCCUGCGGGACACGGGGGCCUUCCCGGGACGCUGGGACCCUCCCGGGACUCCUACAAGACACUAGGACACCAGGACUCUCCUGGCACACCGGGACCCCCUGCGGGACACGAUGACCCUCCCGGGACCCCUGAGGGAAAGCAGGACCCCUCCGGGACACCGGGAUCCUCCCGGGACUCCUACGAGACACCGGGGCACCGGGACCCUCCCGGGACACCGAGAUCCCCCUGCGGGACACGGGGACCCUCCCGGGACGCCGGUACCCUCCCGGGACACCGGGACCUUCCUGGGACUCCUACAAGACACUAG